GUGGGUGAUGGAAGAACUGCUGCGCACAGACCAGAUUCACCCCGCCAUGGUGAUGUGGUCUGCCCAAGGGAGCCUGCAUUCUACCUGGAAUCUGCCUGCUAUUACAUCAAUGGGUGAAUGGGGUUGACACGCUAGAGCAUGAAGGGGCUACCUCCCCUUUGAGACCAACAGCAGCAGCCUGUUCCAGGUGGGGACCCUGCCCUCCCAACUCUGCAUCACUGUCACCAUCAACAACAUGCUUGCCCCCCACCCUGCCACCAGUGACCAUCUGUACAUGACCUUCAACUCCAGGUAUCCCAAGGGUUACUUUGUCCAGAACACAGACUUUGACUUCUUCAACUAUGCGGGACUGCAGAGCCUUUGCUUCUGUACAUGACACCAACUACCUACAUCAAUGACAUCACCGUCACCACCGGUGUGGAGUGAGACAGAGGAAUUUUGCUGCCUUGAUUUGGGACAGAUUAUCAGAGGUGGGCACCAUUAUCCUCUCUUUCAUGCAGGAUUUAUCACAUGUUCCUGUUCCAGCAUGGCUCCUGGACUGGCCCCCGGUGCUGUCCCCGGGGGUUUCAAUCCAAGCAUAAUUCAUGGAAGCAUGUGUUUAGCAGCGGAACCCAGCUCACCAUUUUAGGUCAGCCCAUGGCCACCCCCUCGGUCACUCUGUUCCCGCCAUCCUCUGAGGAGCUCCAAGGCAACAAGGCCACACUGGUGUGUCUCAUGAGUGACUUCUAUCCACGAAUCUUGAUGGUGACCUGGAAGUCAGAUGGUACCCCCAUCACCCAGGGCAUGGAGAUGGCCAUGCCCUCCAAACAGAGCAACAAGUACGUGGCCAGCAGCUAUCUGAGCCUGAUGCCCGAGCAGUGGAAGUCCCGCAACAUCUUCAGCUGCCAGGUCGCGCAUGAAGGGAGCACCGUGGAGAACACAGUGGUCCCUGCAGAGUGUUCGUAGGUUCCCAACCCUCACCCAACCCACAGGGGCCGGGAGCUGCAGGAUCCCAGGGGAGGGGUCUCUCUGCAUCCCAAGCCAGCCAGCCCUUCUCCCUGUACCCAGAAAACCCUCAAUAAACAUCCUUUGUCAACCA